UUCCGGCGGAUAAAAUAUAUUUUUAACUCCAACAUCCGAAAGACUCGUGUUUAGUCUUGCGCGACAAGGAAUCAGUUUGGUCGUCCAUGGGACGAGGCGUAAAAGGGCCAAGCAGAGAAGCGACGGUGGACCUCCCCGUUACGAAAAGGGUGUUGUAGCCUCCAGAUUAUUACAGGAAAAAACAUUCCUGUGAAGAAAUUCUUCAACAACUAUAGGCUCAUUGGAGAGAUGUCAUUGUUGUGUGUCGGUGUGAAGAAAGCCAAGCUCGAUGGACCGCAAGAAAAGUUCAACACAUACGUGACGCUGAAGGUUCAGAAUGUCAAGAGCACGACCAUCGCCGUGCGCGGAGGCCAGCCCUGCUGGGAGCAGGACUUCAUGUUCGAGAUCAACCGGCUGGACCUGGGGCUGACGGUGGAGGUCUGGAACAAAGGCCUGAUCUGGGACACCAUGGUGGCCACUCUGUGGAUCCCCCUGCACAGCAUCCGCCAAUCAAAUGAGGACGGACCGGGCACGUGGCUCACCCUGGACUCCAACGUCAUCAUGGCUGAGAACGAGAUCUGUGGAACCAAAGACCCCACCUUCCACAGGUUGCUGCUGGACACCCGCUUUGAGCUGCCCCUAGAUAUUCCAGAGGAGGAGGCCAGGUACUGGGCCAAGAAACUGGAACAGCUCAACGCCAUGAGAGACCAAGACUUCGGUUACCAAGAUGAGCAGGAGAGGCCUCUGCAGCCUCCGACAACGCAGUGCUGUAACUGGAGUUUGUGGGGCGAGCAACAGCACGAAGACCCCGACAGCGCGGUGGACGACCGCGACAGCGACUACCGCAGCGAGACCAGUAACAGCCUCCCUCCCCCGUACUACACCACCUCGCAGCCCAACGCCUCCAUGCACCAGUACCCCAUGAGAGGGCCCCCCUCCCUGGGCUCCUGCAGCGAGGACAUCAACCACCUGGACUACGACGGCCGAGCCAUGAGACACUAUGAUAGUUUAGACUCGGCCGCCAACGGGCGCAGCGAUCUCGACUCGGGCUCCGGGUCGAGCCGGCGCACCAGCCGCCAGUAUUCUCUAGACAGUAGGCGCUCGCUCUCCGAUAGCGCGUCCGACAGCCGCUACGCCUCCUCGGGGGACCUGAGCCGCGGCAGCUCCCAGCUCAGCGAGGACUUCGGCCCCGGGGACGGCGGGAGCCCGCGGGGGUCCGAGUUCUACGACGAGAACGACUCGUACCACUCCUGCCACUCCUCCGUCAGCUACGGCAAGGGGGAGGGCUCGCCCGGCUGGGAGGGCGGCGAGGGCCCGGCGGGGGGCUUCAGCGACGACGGGGAGGGGGGCUACUUCAAGGACGGCGGCGAGGAGGGGGCCCUCUACGACGGGGGGGAGGCGGAGCUCUACGGGGGCGGAGCCGUGGAGGAGGCGGAGCUAGGAGGCGGGGUCGUGGGCUACGGCUACCAGAACGGGAACGGGGAGACGGCGUAUGAGGGGGAGGAGGAGGAGGAGGGGGACGUGUACCGGCUGGAGCGCGCGCUCAGCGAGGACCAGGAGCCCCCCUACACCCCCACGCCCCCCAGCGGCAGCCCCGCCCCGUUCCCCCCCGCCGAGGGCGUGGCCGCCGCCCCCGGCCGCCCCCCCCUGGAGAAGCAGGCGUCGCUGCGCCCCCCGCCCCCCGGCCCCGACCCCGGCCCGGGCCUCCUGGGGCCCCCGGCUCCUGGGGGCCCCGACGGCUCCGCACCGCCCUUCAGCUCGCUGUCGGCCCCCAAGCUGCCCUUCACCCCCGGCAGGCCGGACCUCGCCAUCUCCGCCAUCUCCGCCGCCGCCGCCGGCCCGGAGGCUGAUCUCAGGCUGGAGGGGCCGUACGAGGAGCCGGGGCCCCCGGCGGUGGAGAGCCCGCCCUUCGGCCCCGGGGGGAUACCGGAGACUCCCCCCGCCACAAGCAGCUUCCCGAAGAGGAUGGAGAUGGAGCCCGGGACAGCCAGGGCCAAGGCCAACUGGCUCCGCCUCUGCAGUAGGGUACGGCUACAGCUGAAAGAGGCCCGAGGUGAGAGUGUGGGGAUCGCAUCACUGCUCCUCUCUGCGGGUGUGGGCGGAGCUCUGUACAGCAUCGACAGCAUGCCAGACCUCAGGAAGAGGAACACCAUGCCUCUUGUCAGGGAUCUGGCUAUGUCUCUGGUUCAGAACUCCAGGAAGGCGGGCAUCACGUCUGCACUGACAUCGAGCACCCUGCACAACGAAGAGCUGAAGAGCCACGUGUACAAGAAGACCCUGCAGGCCCUCAUCUACCCCAUCUCCUGCACCACGCCGCACAACUUCGAGGUGUGGACGGCCACCACGCCCACCUACUGCUACGAGUGCGAGGGGCUGCUGUGGGGCAUCGCGCGCCAGGGCAUGCGCUGCACCGAGUGCGGCGUCAAGUGCCACGAGAAGUGCCAGGACCUCCUCAACGCCGAUUGCCUCCAAAGGGCGGCGGAGAAGAGCUCCAAGCACGGUGCGGAGGACCGCACGCAGAACAUCAUCAUGGUCCUGAAGGACCGCAUGAAGAUCCGUGAGAGGAACAAGCCCGAGAUCUUCGAGCUCAUCCAGGAAGUGUUCGCCGUCGUCAAGGCGACCCACGUCACGCACAUGAAGCAGAUCAAGCAGAGCGUGCUGGACGGCACGUCCAAGUGGUCGGCCAAGAUCAGCAUCACGGUUUUGUGUGCCCAGGGCCUCCAGGCGAAGGACAAGACGGGCUCCAGCGACCCCUACGUCACCGUCCAGGUGGGCAAGACCAAGAAGAGGACCAAGACCAUCUAUGGGAACCUCAACCCCGUCUGGGAGGAGAACUUCAACUUCGAGUGCCACAACUCCUCGGACCGCAUCAAGGUGCGCGUUUGGGACGAGGACGACGACAUCAAGUCUCGCGUGAAGCAGAAGUUCAAGCGAGAGUCGGACGACUUCCUGGGCCAGACCAUCAUCGAGGUCCGCACGCUGAGCGGGGAGAUGGACGUCUGGUACAACCUAGACAAGCGUACGGAUAAGUCUGCGGUGUCGGGCGCCAUACGGAUGCACAUCAACGUGGAGAUCAAAGGAGAGGAGACCGUCGCUCCGUAUCACGUUCAAUACACCUGCCUGCACGAGAACCUGUUCCACUACGUGACGGACAUCCAGAACACCGGAGUGGUGAAGAUCCCCGACGCCAAAGGGGACGACGCCUGGAAGGUGUACUUUGAGGAGACGCCCCAGGAGAUAGUGGACGAGUUCGCCAUGCGCUACGGAGUGGAGUCCAUCUACCAGGCCAUGACCCACUUUGCCUGCCUGUCCUCUAAGUACAUGUGUCCGGGCGUACCAGCUGUCAUGAGCACCCUGCUGGCCAACAUCAACGCCUACUACGCCCACACCACCCAGGCCACCAACAACGUCUCCGCCUCAGACCGCUUCGCUGCCUCCAACUUCGGGAAAGAGAGAUUCGUGAAACUCUUGGACCAGCUCCAUAACUCUCUGAGGAUUGACCUUUCCAUGUACCGGAACAACUUCCCCGCCAGCAGUCCUGAGAGGCUCCAGGACCUCAAGUCCACAGUGGACCUGCUCACCAGCAUCACCUUCUUCAGGAUGAAGGUCCAGGAGCUUCAGUCCCCCCCCCGGGCCAGUCAGGUGGUGAAGGACUGUGUCAAAGCGUGUCUCAACUCCACCUACGAGUACAUCUUCAACAACUGUCAUGAACUUUACAGCAGAGAGUACCAGACAGACCCGGCCAAGCAGGGGGUGGUCCCCCCCGAGGAGCAAGGGCCCAGCAUCAAGAACCUGGACUUCUGGUCCAAACUCAUCACUCUGAUCGUGUCCAUCAUCGAGGAGGACAAGAACUCCUACACUCCUUGUCUCAACCAGUUUCCCCAGGAGCUCAACGUGGGGAAGAUCAGCGCCGAGGUGAUGUGGAACCUGUUCGCUCAGGACAUGAAGUACGCCAUGGAGGAGCACGAGAAGAACCGACUGUGUAAGAGCGCAGAUUACAUGAACCUGCACUUUAAAGUCAAGUGGCUGUACAACGAGUACUGCAAGGACCUGCCGUUCUUCAAGAGCAGGGUGCCCGAGUACCCUGCAUGGUUCGAGCCGUUUGUCAUCCAGUGGUUGGAUGAGAAUGAAGAGGUGUCUCGAGACUUCCUCCACGGAGCUCUGGAGAGAGACAAAAAGGACGGGUUCCAGGUGACGUCGGAGCACGCCCUCUUCUCCUGCUCCGUGGUGGACGUGUUCUCCCAGCUCAACCAGAGCUUCGAGAUCAUCCGCAAGCUGGAGUGCCCCGACCCACAGAUCGUGGGACACUACAUGAAGAGGUUCGCCAAGACCAUCAGCAACGUCCUCCUGUCCUACGCUGACAUCAUCUCCAAGUGCUUCGCCAACUACGUCAACAUGGAGAAAGUGCCCUGCAUCCUCAUCAACAACAUUCAGCAGCUGAGGGUACAGCUGGAGAAGAUGUUUGAAGCCAUGGGAGGGAAAGACCUGUGUGUGGAGGCGAGCGACAUCCUGAAAGAUCUGCAGGUCAAACUGAACAACGUCAUGGACGACCUCAGCAGGGUCUUCUCUGUCAGCUUCCAGCCGCACAUCGAGGAGAACGUGAAGCAGAUGGGAGACAUCCUGGGCCAGGUGAAGGGGACGGCCAGCGUGGGCAACGCCAGCAGCGUGGCCCAGGACGCCGACAACGUGCUGCAGCCCAUCAUGGAGUUCCUGGACAGCAACCUCACGCUGUUCGCUAAGAUCUGUGAGAAGACUGUGCUGAAGCGCGUGCUGAAGGAGCUCUGGAAGCUGGUGAUGAACACCAUGGAGAAGACCAUCGUGCUGCCGCCGCUCACAGACCAGACGAUGAUUGGGAGGUUGAAGAAUGCGUCUCACAGCGAUGGUACUCAGCUCAUCUUCAAUGCUGCCAAGGAGUUGGGACAGCUGUCCAAGCUAAAGGAGCACAUGGUUCGAGAGGAGGCCAAGGCCUUGUCACCCAAACAGUGUGCUGUGAUUGAGCUCGCCUUGGACACCAUAAAGCAAUACUUCCAUGCGGGCGGCGUGGGUCUGAAGAAGACCUUCCUGGAGAAGAGCCCUGACCUGCUGUCUCUCCACUACGCCCUGUCCCUCUACACGCAGGCCACAGACAAGCUCAUCAGGACCUUCGUCCAGUCCCAGAACGCACAAGUGUUCGACGGCAAGGGGGUGAGGUUUACUGCUAGUGAGGAUGUGUACCCGGAGAAGGGCUCCGGAGUGGAUGACGCCGUGGGGGAAGUCUCCAUCCACGUGGAGAUCUUCACGCACCCCAACACCGGAGAACACAAGAUCACAGUGAAAGUGGUGGCGGCCAACGACCUGCGCUGGCAGACCCAGGGAAUCUUCCGGCCCUUCGCGGAGGUCUACAUCAUCGGCCCCCACCUCAGCGACAAGAAGAGGAAGUACGCCACCAAGUCCAAGAACAACAGCUGGGCUCCCAAGUACAACGAGACCUUCACCUUCGCCCUGAGCAGCGAGGUAGGCCCGGAGCUGUACGAGCUGCAGGUGUGUGUGAAGGACUACUGCUUCGCGCGGGAGGACCGCACGGUGGGCAUGGCGGUGCUGCAGCUGCGGGACGUGGCGUCCAAGGGCAGCGUGGCGUGCUGGCUGCCGCUGGGUCGCCGCGUGCACAUGGACGAGACGGGCCUGACCGUGCUGCGCAUCCUGUCGCAGCGCAACAACGACGACGUGGCGAAGGAGUUCGUCAAGCUCAAGUCGGACCAGCGCUCCGUCGAGGAGGGGCGGAGCUAG